AAACUACAACUCCCAUCACACACCACAGCCGGCUCCCUCCUCCUCCCUCUUCUUCCCCUUCAGCCUGCGGCCGGGCGGCGCUGGGCUUUUAUCUGCGGACCCGGUGGGAGGGAGCCAGAUCCCAGCGAUCUUCCCCGACGGCAGUGCUUUGUCCGGAGGCGGCCGGCGGCUCGUAGCAGGGUUCAGGUCUGCGUCCACGCCAGCCCAGAGCCCGGGGGCCAGGGGUCUGUCCCGGGCGCACCGAGAGGAUGGUCAUCCGCGUGUUCAUCGCCUCUUCUUCGGGCUUCGUGGCGAUAAAGAAGAAGCAGCAAGAUGUGGUUAGAUUUCUGGAAGCCAACAAGAUAGAGUUUGAGGAGGUGGAUAUCACAAUGUCAGAAGAACAGAGGCAGUGGAUGUACAAAAAUGUCCCCCCGGAAAAGAAACCCACUCAGGGCAACCCCCUGCCCCCUCAGAUAUUUAAUGGCGACCGAUACUGUGGAGAUUAUGACAGUUUUUUUGAAUCCAAGGAAAGCAACACAGUCUUUUCAUUUUUAGGCCUGAAACCACGGUUGGCAUCAAAGGCAGAACCUUAGAGAAGAAGAGUGGAAGAUGACGGAGAUGCAUUUUGAAGCACCCCCUGGUACUCAGCACACACAUGCUUACCUAAUGCAUCACUGUGACAAAAGCCACACGCAUUAUCAGUAACUUUGCUUGCCACAGAAAAGGUGUUUUUGAAAGAUGUGGAUAUAAUGAGAAUUGCAUGAUUGCUUUAAACCAAAUCAGGUGGUGGUUUUUUUUUUCUUAUUUUAUUUGCCUGCAGUUGCCUCACUCACCUGGAAAUACCGUCACCUGUUACAGGUGUACUUUCUUAAUGACUGAAGGAUAAGUGGGUGGCACCAUCAGAGAGAAAAUGUUGAAUCUGCCCUAGGUUACAGGAGAUGCCGGAAUUGCGUAAACCCACUUAUCUUUAAGCUUCCUGGAUUGCAUCUUUGAAAUUUGUCUGCCAAGUUGUUAGAAUCUUUGAAUCAGAAGGAAAAAAAGCAGCGCUGUUUGACAAAGGGUGUUGAAGAUUUUUGCUGCAGAAUCACUUACAAACAUCACGGUUCCUGUGCUUUGUAAUAACACCUGGUGAAAAAGUUAGCUAUACUAGAUUUGUUUUAGUAAUGGAAACUCUUACCCCUGUAUAUUAUCCAAGCUCCUUCAGAUGUUUCCAGAAAUCACUGUUGUAACAUCAAGUGAUCAGAACUAAGUUAUUGGGAUGACAAUAAUUGCUAUUUGAAAUACAUGCUUCUUUAUUUCUUGCAAGGGGCAAGUUUCAUCCAAAUGCCUAAGACUGCUUGAAAGAUAUAUUUUAAGUGGUGCACUAAUUAGAUAGUAAAUUUAUAGGAAAAUUGUCUCAUAAGUGUCUGAAGGCAUUUUCAGCUCUAGCAAUUUAUUUAUAAUACAUAAGUAUUCAUAUAUAUUUUUAAUGCAGCUCCCCUGACAGGCAGCUGCUGCUUCUAUUUUGUGAAGGGACUAUAUUUUUUGAGAAAGGAAAAUUUCAGUUAGAUAUAUUUUGUGAACCCUUGAUUAGACAUAUUAAAACAUACCAAUAUUGUAGUAAAA